UGGCUUAUCUUAGGUGUCCGCCUAUCGGGGUAUCUGAAAACUACAAAUCUUGGUGUUAAGAUGAAGGUUACAGGUAUCAUAAAGAGAUGAGGUAUAGAAAAGAAUGAGGAGUGGAACCAUUAUGUGGUAAAAUGAGGAAUAAAAUAACGUAAUCUGCACUAAUGAAAUGAAGAGGCACAAUGAAGAGAAGGAUGAGGGUAUUCCAAAUCCUAAAGCACUGAGGUUACAAACCCCCAAUUCCUCUGUGAAGAGGGCAGGUCCAUAUCUUCUGGGACCAAGACUUGGGAGCUCCCCAGUAAGGAGUGUUGUUCAGUGUCUGGCUAGAAAAGAUGGCACGGAUGAUUUCUACACUCUCAAGAUUCUGACCAUGCCAGACAAAGACAAGGAGACCCAGGAUGACAGACAGGGGAAGAUGUUGCUGCAUACAGAGUAUUCCUUGCUGUCUUUGUUACACAACCAACAGGGGGUGGUGCACCACCAUGGGCUCUUCAAGGAUAUGGCCUAUGAAGAAUCAGAUGAUGCAGGCAACCCACCAAAGAAGCACACUCGUCUUUGUCUGGUUCUUGAUUGUUUGACGCCUCAUGACUUUAGCAACAAAAACAUUGACCUGAUUAAUCUGCAGCAUUAUGUUAUUAAGGAGAAGAAACUCUCAGAAAAAGAAGCCAUUGAAAUUUUCUUUGAAAUUGUCAAAGUUGUUGAGAAUCUGCACAAGAAAAACAUAGUUCACAGAGAUCUGAAACUGGGAAACAUGGUGCUAAACACAAGGACGAGGCGAGUGAUAAUCACAAACUUUUGUUUGGGGAAACAUUUGAUAUCUGAACAUGAUUUGCUCAAGGAUCAAAGAGGCAGUCCAGCUUACAUCAGCCCUGAUGUGUUAAGUGGCAAACCUUACUUGGGCAAACCCAGUGACCUAUGGGCUUUGGGUGUUGUGUUGUUUACUAUGCUGUAUGGACAGUUCCCAUUCUAUGACCAAGUGCCACAAGAAUUGUUUAGAAAAAUAAAGGCUGCAGAUUUUACAAUUCCAAAUGAUGGGCGUGUCUCAGACAGUGCUGUGAUGUUGAUAAAACGUUUGCUGGUGCUAGACCCUAAAGUUCGACUGACAGCUGGACAAGUUCUGGAAUCUCUUAGUGCUAUCAUAAACACAUGGAAGUCUAUGACAAUGCUAACAGGUCCUUUGCAAGUAGUACCAGACAUAGAAAACCCAGAGAAUUGCCCAAGCACCUCGGCCCCAGUGAGUUCACCGACAAAGCCACGGUCAGGGAUGAGCGACUUUGAGAUCAAACUGCGCCAGGCCCAGACCACUGCUGAAGCCAGUAAAGAAAGGAAAGCUGUGAUGGCGGUAGCUAGGAGGAGUAGGCAGCCAGCCACAGGAAAUAACCCACCAAUUAGGAGACUUAAUCAGGAUUCCAGACCACUCUCUACUGCUGAAAUCAUGGCACACAGACAUUUGUUACAGUAAAAUGGUUUUUGUCUUAUUGUAAAAAGUCAAACAGAUAUUGCUUUUGAAAAUGAUCAAACAAGACAUGAUGAUGAUAAUUGUUUUUUUUUUAAUGUAAUGAUAUAUUGGUAGUAAUUUUAAUACUUCAUAGAAUGCGAAAAUAAAAGUUCAUAUGGUAAAAAAAAUUCCUUUGAAAAAGUCAUAUAUACCUUGCAUGAUAGAGAAUUAUUUUGUACUAAAUGCUUCACUGGCUCUUUAAAGAAAAUUAUACAAUGUAAACUUUUAUACAUUUUUUUUCAUUGUGUUGCAUGCAUUACAUGAGAACUAUCAAGCUUCAGUGUGAAACUGUAUACAUGUUAGUGGGCUACAGUAGCACAUGUUCUAAAAUGUUACUUUUUACUUGUGAUGAGAAUUACAUUUUAGCUGAAGAGAAACAUAGCCAAUUCCUUGGUAUCAGAUGUUGUAAAAGUAUUUUUGACUUAUGUCAGUUCACUUAACAAAAGGAAAAUGGUGCUCCAAUUUACUAAGGUCUGUUAAUUGAAUGUUAUUGAAAAAACACUCCGUUUCUCUGCUUAUUUAAGAGUUAAGUAUAUGUCAUGUGAUCUAGUGAAAAUGUCUGGAUAAUGGGAAAUACUUGUGAUUACUGCAGUAUGGUUUGGGUUAUCUGUAUGCCAGAAGUUUAAAUGUAUUUUUUUUAUUUAGUAAAAUACAUCAUAGAUUUUGAUGGAUAGAUUAGUCAGAUUAACUGAUCAUUGUAAAAGAAAUUUUACUGAUAAGCGAUUAGUUUUUUUAAACAUGCAACUCAAAUAAUAAUUUCAAUAAACUGAGUUUAAAAUUCUUUUACUUUGGUCCUUGAAGUAUACCCUUGUGCUUUUUUCUCUGUUUCGUGUAUAUAUAAAUUACAUUAAUUUUUAUGCUUCAGCUAUUAUUGGCCUAUUCCAGAAUAGUUUGUGGUAUUUUUAUGGUGUAACUUAUCAGGUAUCCCUUUGUGCAUCAUAAAAAAGAUAUUUGUAGCAAUUAUGUUAAUUAAAGUUCACAAAUGGGAAUUAGACUUGCAUCUGAGCAACAUGUUUUGAAAACUAGCAAGAUUCCAAAUGGUAUCUCCAUAUACAACACUAGAAUAAAUUUCACUUCAGUAUUUAUCAAAACAAUUCAUAUGAAGGAUACAGUUUUUUAUAAUGAAUUACUUUACAGAUAAUUGUACAUGUAAUAUCAAGACUUGACUGUAAUAAAAAAAGGUUUAAAAUUGUAUACUGUGGAAUAUAUAAGCAUUUUAAUAAAGUGGAACAUGCCUUGCCUACUCAAAAGAAAAAAAAAUUGAUUUUGAUACUGUAUUCUUAAAGGGCUAUUCAAGUAGGUGCUGUAGAAAUAAAAGGUAACAUUCAUGUAAA